AUGUCUGCGCUGCACAUCUCGCGUGUCCGGGCCUUGUAUCCGUGCAUCUUGCUGCUGCACCGGGUUCUGCCCCCAGACCUCAAAGACCUUGGCGACCACUUAUUUGAAGCCAAGAUGAGCGGCUCUCAGCUUGAGCAGGCCGUUACAGCCUUGAUCGAGCUGUUUCACAAAUACUCAGGACGCAGUGACACCAUCGAGAAGGAGGCCCUGCUGCAGCUGCUGAAGGAGAAUUUCCCCAACUUCCUCAGUGCCUGUAUACAGAGAGGCACUGCGGUGGCGGCGGAGCUGGUGGAGGAAGCCCACCGCCUGCAGGGGCUCGCACUGCCCUUGGGAAGCCGCGACCGGGAGCCCGGGGGGCCCGGGACCCGAGGCUGCGGCGGCGGCGGGAGCCCCGAUGCGGAUCGCCGUAGUGCGUGA